AUUGCGAGAAACAAAGAAAACUUAAGCCUCAAGAAAUCAAACCCACAAAAAAUCAAUUCAACAAAACCUCUUUCUGCUCUCUCUCUCUUUUUCAUUCCCAUAUGUUGCUUCCUUGAGUUUAUCUCUUCCCAAAGAAUGGGAAGCAACAUCUGAGGAUCCAUUUGAUUACCAUACAUAUAUUAAAAACAAAAACAUAUAUCUUUGUGUGUGCGCGUUAAUGAUGAAAUAGCAGAUUGAGAGCAAGAAAGAGGUCAUAGCUGAUAACCACAAUGGAGAUUCAGAGGAUGAGGCAGUUGAUGUCUCUUUGGUCUAAUUUGAAGAGUAGCCGCGUUUCUCUCACCGGUGGGAAUCAUACAGCCGCAAGGUUCUGCACUCGCUAGGCUCGCCUCUUCUCUCGCUAGCUUUUUCUUUCUUCUUUCUCUUCUUCUUACUUCCUUUUGAUUCUCUUUUAGCUCUCUAUUCUCUUCUCUUCUCUUCUCUUUUUCCUAUUUCUUUAACUUUCAACUGUACAUUUUCGCGCGCGCUCUUUGUCUCAGCUUUUAAGACAUAACAAAACAAGAUAUGGUGUUUGUUACUGUCCAAGACUUUCACUCCAUGUGCCAAAAGCAUUGUCACUACCUCUUGAAAAAGAGAGACCGCUCGAGCUCCUCUACAAGCUCUGCGGAUACUUUCCUCAAGGCUUCUCGCUCUGAAGUCUUGAGUCUCUUUAUGAGAUCAACGCUUUUGGCUUUGUUGUUUCUGUCAUUUACUUGGUUAAGUCUCCUGAAAUAUGGAACUACUGCAACCGCUCCAUCUAAGUCGGUUGAAUCUGACCUUCCUGAAUUACUACCUUUGCUCCUCAACGAUUUGGAGAAGCAAGGUCUCUUUAAGAUGGGUGAUAAAGCACUCUUCCUAAGUGGAGGAGAUGAUGAGGUCACUGUUUCUUCAUACUCUCAAACAGUGAUCGAAACUGAUAUGCUUCUUGUAUCUGCAAGCGAUCAGGAGAUGCAGAGCAUGGUACCAGAUGAGACCUUUGAUUUCGCCUUUGCGCAUUCUCGCCACAUUGACUCUGCUGAAUUUAUAGACAGGACUCUUAAAGUUGGCGGCAUCUUCACCGUCCAGCUCAACCUUCAAGAUCUUCCUCCAAAUUUCUUGAAACAUCCAAACUACGAGAUAGUUUACGUAAAGAGCUCUGAGUAUACGGUAAUGACGAUGAGGAAAACAGGGGAAACAGAGCAAAAACAGAGCUUAGUCGCCACCGGGAGAAAGCUUCUCGGUAUCACAGAAGAAGAUGCCAGGGAAAAAGCUUUGAGAAAGCUAGAGGAUGUUCUCCUUGAACCACCAAGAGCAGCUUCAAGGAAAUCAAGAACAUACUUCAAACGGACUCGGUACCUCCCAGACCUUAUGGGAGACAACUUGGACCUGGAGAGCUACUCGAGGCGGGUAUUCAUCGAUGUGGGAAACGGAAAAGGAAGCAGCGGAAUGGAAUGGUUUGUUGAAAAUUACCCAACAAGGAAUCAGAAGUUUGAGAUGUACAAGAUUGAGACGGUGAACGAUGAGAUGAGCCUAGAAUCUGAGAAAAUGGGAAUGACGGAGUGGCUGAAAGAGAAUGUCAAGGAAGAGGAAUACGUGGUGAUGAAGGCCGAGGCGGAAAUGGUGGAGGAGAUGAUGAGGAGCAAGUCGAUAAAAAUGGUGGAUGAGCUUUUCUUGGAGUGCAAGCCAAAGGGUUUAGGGCUAAGGGGAAGAAAGAUGCAGAGUAAAAGUGGUAGGGCUUAUUGGGAGUGUUUGGCUCUUUAUGGCAAACUAAGAGAUGAAGGUGUUGCUGUGCAUCAAUGGUGGGGUUGAAGUUAAAGAACAUGGAGACAGAACUGAGAGAGAAUAUCCAUCAAACCAGUCUCUUUUUAUUAUAUUUUCUGUUUGUUUUUUUUCCCUCUGUUGUUUCUUUUUGUGAAAGGCCUCUUUUUGUUUUUGUGUGUUAAUUUGUAAUCAUAAGUUUGUUGUUGUGUUUUAAGUAUUUUGUGGUGUUUAAGUUUGGGAUCUGAUGAGCUUAAUUAAAAGUGUUUCGUGUUUCCUUGUUG